UGUGUAUGUCCCUGAUACGUGUGUGAGAGAGACUAAACGCGCACACACACACACACAGAGCUGAACCGUGUGACCAGACAGGGGGGCGCUUCUGUUGCUCGCAGAGCUGCAUUUCUGUCUCUCGGUUGGUGUGUGUGUGUUUGAAUCAAGCACGCCAACAUGCUCUGUGGGCUACGGAGAGAAGUGAAGACCAGUUUUGAUGAUGGGCCGUAUUCUAAGGGGAACAAGGACUCGACGGGAGCAGAAAACACACUCACAUCCAGAAGACAAAGCAUCCCAGAACUGCGUGGGGUUACGCUGGUUGAGCUGAUUAAGAAAGAGGGAAGCACUUUGGGUCUCACCAUCUCAGGCGGCACAGACAAAGACGGCAAACCACGCGUCUCCAACCUGCGGCCGGGUGGCCUUGCGGCGAGGAGUGAUCAACUCAAUGUGGGCGACUACAUCAAGUCAGUCAAUGGCAUCAACCUGACCAAGCUGCGUCACGACGAGAUCAUCAGUCUGUUAAAGAAUGUAGGAGAGCGCGUUGUGCUGGAAGUGGAAUAUGAACUGCCUUCAGCUGCGCCAGACAGUACCUCAGGUGUUAUUUCCAAGACAAUCGAGAUCUGUUUGCAGAAAGAGGGCAACAGUUUUGGCUUUGUUAUGCGAGGUGGAUCGCAUGAGGACUGGCACAAAUCUCGCCCUUUGGUGGUCACACAUGUCCGUCCAGGUGGUCCUGCUGACAGAGAAGGGACUUUAAAAGCAGGUGAUCGGAUCUUAAGCGUGGAUGGAGUGGUUUUACACAGUGCCACUCACAGCGAAGCCCUUAUUGUACUGACCCAGUGUGGACAGGAAGCCCUUUUCCAGAUCGAGUACGAUGUCUCCAUCAUGGACUCGGUGACCAAUGCUUCAGGUCCUCUGCUGGUGGAGAUUGCCAAGGCACCCGGAGCGAGUCUGGGAAUUACUCUGACUACUGCCAUGCACAGGAACAAACAGGCCAUCGUCAUCGACAAGAUAAAAUCCGCUAGCGUGGUGGACAGGUCAGGAGCAUUACAUGUGGGUGAUCAUAUCCUGUCUAUAGACGGCACCAGCACAGAGCACUGCUCGGUUCUGGAGGCAACGCAGUUGCUGGCCAGCACUUCUGAUCAGACCAAACUAGAGAUCCUACCCGCACACCAAACACGACUGCCCGGAAAACCCCAGGACACUGUGAAAGUUCAGAAAAGUGACCACCCGCACUGCUGGGACCCCUGUGUGAACUACUGCCAUUCCCAACAUCCUGUUCACUGCAAGACAUCGACAUGGACCUCUGCUUCCAGUAACCCAUCCAGCUCUCAGGAUUACUGCAAAUCGAUAGUCUGCACUAACUUCUCCCCUGGGUCCACCACCACAUCGGGCAUGACCAGCCAGGGUUCCAGCACGCUGCCCCGGGCCGCUCCUCCCAUGAGCCCGCGGAACUCCAUGCUAAAGAGAAGACAGAGGAAAAAAGAGCACAAGAGCUCCUCCGUGUCUUUAGCCUCAAGUUCUGUGGGCCCUGGUGGUCAGAUUGUCCACACAGAGUCCAGUGAGGUCACUCUGAGAGGAGACCCUCUUAAUGGGUUUGGGGUUCAGCUACAAGGUGGAAUAUUUGCGACGGAGACUCUCUCUGCACCCCCUCUUAUCCGCUUCAUAGAGCCGGACAGCUCGGCCGAAAGGUGUGGGCUUCUCCAGGUUGGAGACAGAGUCUUAUCCAUCAAUGGAAUUCCUACAGAAGAUGGAACGCUGGAAGAGGCCAAUCAGCUGCUCCGAGAUGCUGCUCUGGCCAAUAAGGUGACACUAGAGAUUGAGUUUGAUGUAGCAGAAUCUGUUGUGCCUAGCAGCGGAACUUUUCAUGUGAAGCUGCAGAAGAAAAGAGGAGUGGAGCUGGGCAUCACUAUCAGUGCCAGUAAGAAACCAGGAGAGCCUCUUAUCAUCUCUGACAUUAAAAAAGGCAGCAUGGCCCACAGAACAGGAACUCUGGAGCCCGGAGACAAGCUGCUAGCCAUAGAUAACAUCCGCCUGGAGAACUGCUCCAUGGAAGACGCUGUCCAGAUUCUCCAGCUGAGCGAAGACCUGGUCAAACUCAAAAUCCGCAAGGAUGAGGACAACUCAGACGAGCAGGAGUCUUCCGGCUCUAUCAUCUACACAGUGGAGCUGAAGCGGUACGGCGGCCCGCUGGGCAUCACCAUCUCCGGCACAGAGGAGCCCUUUGACCCCAUCAUCAUCUCCGGCCUGACCAAGAGGGGUCUUGCUGAGAGGACUGGAGCCAUUCAUAUUGGUGAUCGGAUUCUGGCCAUCAACAGCGUCAGUCUGAAGGGAAAACCGCUCAGUGAAGCCAUACACCUGCUGCAGAUGGCAGGAGAAACCGUCACCCUCAAAAUCAAGAAACAGACUGACACACCAGAUGACAAAAAUAAAGAGAACGAUCUCGAUAACGAGCUCAGCGAUAACGAGGACGAGAUGACAGACUCACAGAAGACCAAUAAAUUGUCCGACAUUUAUUCCACCACCAUCCCCAGCGUGGAUUCAGCAAUGGAAUCAUGGGACGGAUCAGGAAUUGAUGCUGGUUAUAGCAGCCAAGGUGCCUACAUCCAUCAGGCUGCUGGGAUUGCUUUACACCCUCACGAGUGGCGUAACACCAAGCAGAGAAACAGCACUCCACCUCCCACCCGCCGCAAAAACUACCCGUUUAGUGACGGAGGAUUCAGUGAAGACGACUGGGAUAAAGCUGCUGGAUACAGCAGCCAGAUGCAUGCCGAUGGUCUCAUAAUGGAGCAGGAGGACAGCUUCUGGUGCCAAGCCCUGGAGGACCUGGAGACGUGUGGCCAGUCCGAGCUACUGCGUGAGAUUGAGGCAUCAAUAAUGACCGGCAGUGCCCUGAGUUUGGGCGUGGAGGGUGGAAAGACCCACUGCGAGACAGUCGGCCAACCCCACCUCAGCCCCCUGCGUAAGGCCCCACAUCUUCUCAACGAGACCAAGAGCAAAAACACACUCCGCAUGUCUGAGAAAACCUGGGAAUCACGAAGGAUCAAAGAAGAGAUUCAGGACAUCCUGUCGCCCACACCAUUAGAGCUGCACAAGGUGACGGUGAUGAAAGACCCAGAGAGCGAUGACUUUGGAUUCAGCGUAUCGGACGGUUUCUUGGAAAAGGGUGUUUACGUGAACAUGAUCAGACCUGAGGGUCCAGCAGACCGUGCUGGACUCAAACCGUACGACAGGAUCCUUCAGGUGAACCACGUACGGACACGUGAUUUCGACUGCUGCUUAGCUGUUCCCCUCAUCACAGAGGCUGGAGACAAACUGGAGCUGGUGAUUAGCCGAAACCCAUUAGCACAGCCGGGUGUCGCCCAGCCCCAUGACUGCCAUCCCCACUUCAACACUGUAGGCCAUUCCCGCGAGCACCAGACCAGCACGCUGGACCUGUGACCAUUGGGUAACUCAGACUAUAUCCACACCGGACCAUUUGUUGCAACAGACCAUCACAGGCAGCCAUGAUUCACUGGUUUCAUUACAAAACUAAUGAACUGAAAUAUCCAAAUCGUGGAAACAGUACAACAAGAUUUGAGCCAGUGUUCAGUACAAAACUCGGAAGGAUCUGAGCCAGUUUUUAAAAACAGAAAAAAAUAAAUACAAAUAUUUUUUGGACGACUACAAUACAUACAACAUAUGGACUUCACCCCAUCGAAUCAAAAUGUUCUUUUCUUUUCUUUGUUCUUUUUUUGUUUGUUUCUUUACUUUUUAUUGUUUAUUGUUUUGUUUUUGGUAUUUUAGUUUGGCUUGCUUUUUUUUUAUUUGGAUUUUAGUUUUUUGUUUUGUUUUUCAGAUUUAAAAAAAAAAAAUAAACAUGCUGUGUCCAAAUGUUUACAAAACAGAAAAAGGAUUCUGCUUUUGAAGUAGAUCGCUAUUAGAUGUAAGCAUUUUUUUAGGUGUCUUACAUUUCCAUUUUCACUAGCAAGUGUUUUUUACUUACACAACAAACUACAAAUUAAGCUUUAUUUCUGUUUUAGUCCUGGCUGAGUCACUGCUGGAAUACCUUCAGGCACACUUUGUCCUUUCUCACACUACUACUAUAAACAGACAAAACACCACUAUUCUUUGUUCCCUACACGCAUAAACAGUAUAGACUUCCUAAAAACAAACUUAAAUUUGUCUUUGUGUCAGACACAAACACUUGAGGCUACGAGUGCCACGACAACAAUGCACAAGGUGACUGCCUGCUGCUCUAAAAUAUUUGAUAUUGCCAACAAAGACUUCACAGCCUCUCGUGUCAACAUCACGUUUCUUAGUAUAAGGCAUUUUCCAUGAAUAGGGUACACUUUAAAUUUUUUUUUAAUGCAGUAGAGAGACUUUUUUUAUUCUGAGGUCAAUUAGAAAUGUUAGAUAAUCUAUUAUAUAACAAAAUAAUAAACAUAUUAAUCCUCUGGUCCUCUUUGGUUAGGGGUCACACUUGGCUCCUUCAUGGUCAAAAGUGACCGAAGCCUUGAAAUGUAACUUUUUUUGUUCUUCAGUAAAACCAAUGUAAUAUCAACAAUAUUUUCAAUAAUAUUUUUUGAUUAUUAUUUAAAAUUUUGAGGGUAUUUUAUGAUAGUAUGCAAUAUUUAUACAACUUUUAUUAGCUAGUUUUCCCCAUUGAAAAUAAUUUUAUUUUCAAUUAAAGCAGUAUUUCAUAUUAAAAUAGAGAAGACAUUUAAAAUCCAAUUUUUUUUAAGGUAGAUUAGUGCUAUCUGGUGAGAGUAAAAAAGAAAAAUAUAUGUAAUGCCAUGUUGUAACCACUAGAUUCCUAUAUAGCUCUAUAUAAUGUGGCUUAUAACAUUUAAUUCAUUAUUGUUUAUUCACUAAAGUUUAAAAAAAAAUGGAAAUAAAAUAUGACAAGAUCUCAGAGUUAAACUGUGUCAGAAAAAAAUCAUCUUAAUUA